AUGAAUUCAAUUAAAAAAGGUGACAAACAGGAUUACUACGACUUCUGUAGAAAAUUUCUGUCGAUGGUCGGUCAGUGGCCUUAUCAGAGGUCUCGUGAGAGAAUACUUUGCAUGAGUGUUACAGUUACAUGGUCUAUUUCUAUUUUGGCAGUGCAGAUAGCGCAGUUCUACGCAUGCGAGACGACGCAGUGCAUAUAUCAAACUUUAUCAGCUUAUUUGAUCGUAUGUGUGGCUAUGGUGAAACUAUUCACUUGUUACUUUAAUAAUCGAAAAAUUAAAUAUCUCAUAGAACAGUUACACGCAGAUUGGAAUAUUUUCGAUAUUCAAGAGGAACGGGAGAUUAUGAGAAGGUAUACCAUGAAUGGCAGAUGGUAUUCUAUGGUAUACGCCUUGUGCAUUUACUCUAGUACGUUGACAUUCGGGAUAGCUGCACUUUUGCCGCGUAUCAUGGAUGUUAUAUCUCCUCUAAACAAAUCUCGUCCAAUAAUAUUGCCGUAUGAGGCAUAUUAUUUCGUCGACGAGGCUAAAUACUUUUACUAUAUAUUUUUCCAUCUUGAAUUCGGCGCUUUGGUAUGUCUUGCCGGACUUAUCGCGCACGAUUGCACCUUCUUAAUUUACGUCGAACACGUCUGUGGCCUUUUCGCCAUUGUGGGAUUUAGGUUUGAACAUCUUUUAUACAAACACAAUAUUACGGACAAGAGUCUGAGCAAUCCCUCAAAUGAGAUAUAUGUCGAAAAAAUUGCGUUUACCAUUCAACUUCACCAAAGAGCUCUGCACUUUGCCACUCUUAUCGAGAAAACUUUCUCUCAAUUCUUGGCCAUACAAAUCAUAAUAACUGUGAUUGUCAUGAGCAGUAGUUUGAUGCAACUCUCGAUAGCACUGCAGGAUGAUACGAUAGCAGUGAUAAAAUACUGUUUAUACAUAGUAGUUCAGUUAUUGCAUUUACUAGCUUUCAGUUACCAGGGACAAAAAUUGAUAAAUCAUAGUCUUGAAACACACGCAAAAAUCUAUAAUGGCUCAUGGUACAACAUACCGGUGAAGUCGCAAAAACUGCUGUUGUUUGCUAUGAAGAAGAGCACGGAAACUAUUUCCUUGUCAGCCGGAAAAAUAUACAUAUUUUGUCUAGAAAACUUUACUGUGGUCAUGAAAGCAUCAGUUUCCUACUUUACGAUAUGUCAUCGCAAACAAUAUGAAAGGGUAGUUAUUACAAUAUAUGCUUAUACUGCUUAG